AACCCCUCUUUGCAGCCUAAACCAUGCGUCUCUUGGAAUUCAGCGACACCAAAUUCAGCUUUACAAAAGAUUUACAAGACAAAAAUAUACCCCAAUACGCUAUUCUAUCACAUACGUGGGGGUUAGAUACCGAAGAGGUCACUUAUAAAGAUCUAAUUGACGGCACUGGGAUGAACAAAGCCGGAUUCAAGAAGCUUCAAUUUUGCGGAGAGCAAGCAAUGCAAGAUGGCCUACAAUACUUUUGGAUCGAUACUUGCUGCAUCGAUAAAUCCAACUCCACUGAGUUGAAUGAGGCAAUUACUUCUAUGUUUCGAUGGUAUCAAAAUGCUACCCGCUGCUAUGUAUACCUUUCAGACGUCUCAUUCCCUACGUUCGACAGUCUCCAACAAUUCAAUCCAGAGGUGGAUACAAUUUUUCGGGCAAGCAGAUGGUUCACGCGAGGCUGGACGCUUCAAGAACUUAUAGCGCCAUUUUCAGUUGAAUUUUUUACGAAAGAAGGAAAGCUGAUAGGGAACAAGAAAUCUCUCGAGCAACAGAUUCAUGAAGUAACAAAAGUUGCUAUCCAAGCCCUGCGAGGCGAAUCCCUGUCCGAAUUUGAUAUUGAGGAACGAUUUAAUUGGGCAGAUGGACGGCAAACCUCUCGUGAAGAGGACUUGGCUUACUGCCUCUUUGGCAUUUUCGAUGUUUCUAUUGCAGCCUUGUAUGGGGAAGGGAAAGAUAAGGCAUUUCGCCGACUGAGAAAAGAUAUC